GCACGUACCAGCAGAAGGUUAUGAGGAGGUUAUUCCCACUCAGACUGCAGCAGGAUCCGUUCACGCGGUCGUGGGAAACGGCUCACGUGAGCGCUCACGACGCGCGCCGCGCGGGUUUUGCACCAGUCUUUUGUUUUCUCCGGUCUCUGCUGCAUCGAGGACAGAGGGAGCAAGGCGACACGAGGAUCCAUGAGAGACGCGCUGAGUAGGACACCGCGUCACGGUAGGCCACGCGCACAGUGGGCCACGCGCACAGUUACAGGUUGUGGAGGGGUGCAGCCAUGGAUGCUGGGAAGCUGGAGCAGCAGGUGGCCUGCGUGGAGAGAGGCAUCGCCUUCCUGAAGCAGGAGCACCUGGCCAUGCUGACGGGUCUGCAGCUGGAGAUCACACACCUGAGGAAGCGCUGUCAUGAGUUGAGCUAUGAGCUGGACUCCAGGUUUCCUGACAGAAGCUCAGAAGAGGAAGAAGCGGAGCUGGCCGCACGCUGUGAGGCCGCCCAGCGUCUCCUCGAGGACCAGCAGUGCAUCAUGGUCGCUGCGCGUGGCGAGCUGCGGGCCGGCCGGGCGCGGGCAUCAACACUGGGGAGGAACCUGAGAGACGAAGAGCGCCAUUUCCUGGAGGAACUGAAACGCCGCAGUCACAAGAUCACGCUACUGAGUCGGGAGCUGCAACGGCAAAACGUCACCACGACGACCCUCUGCCACGAGCUCCACGCCGCGCGCUUAAAACUGUUCCAGCAAGGGCAGAGCACAGAGUCUGGGGCCGAGGGAGAGGAGGAGCCCGGAGGAAAGGAGGAAGAAGAGAAUGAGGAUGAAGAAGAAGAAGAAGACGACGAUGGGGAGGAUGAUGAAGAUUAUGACGGGGAGGGCUCAGACUGGCUCCUGUCUCCGCCUCCGCCAGCCACUCCUAGCCAACCAGAAGCGAGACAUAAGAGGCGUGUCAGCACGAGGGAGGAGAGGGUCAGAGCUUGUGUCCCCCAGGAGAGAGUGACAUCGCCGCAGAAGCCACGCCACAUGCCUGACCCCGCCCUGUUCCUAGUGCCACUGAGAUAUCGCCUCCUUCGCUUGAACCAACCAAUCAGAACACAGAAUGCAGAGGGGGUGGAGGACGAGUGGGAGGAUAUUGAGGACGGCCGGGUGCACAGGAGGGUGGACAUGGGAGCAGGAGAGGGAGAAACUGCUCUGUGAUGAAGAAGGAAGAGACAACGUUUUGGCCGACAUCAAGCAACAACUGAAGCAGCUAUUCUAGAAAAAAAAGCGUAAGACAAGAUGUAACCUUUGUGAUUGUCCGUAGAUUUCAGGAAGUGAGUUAAAUAUUUAGAAGUGAGUUGCACAAGAGCGUGUGAUCACGACAAUGUAUUCACCUAAACUGUCACAUUGAUGAUACGACAUGUACUUUGAAAAUGUGAAGAUACGAGCUGGUUAAAAAAAAAAGAGCUGAAUCGUGGUCCUGUUUCAUGCGGAUGCCUUUUUGAUUGUGCCUCUGUUGAUCACAGCUGUUGCUUGUAAUUAGCCUCGCCAUGAAUACUUUGAACACACCUUCCUGUUGACGUACAUGGCAACCUGCUUACUGCAACAGCUGCUUUCCAGGCUUGUAAAGUCAGUCUAGAAGGCUUGGGGACAUUUUGUAUGAUUUGCACUUUAUUAAAUUCAUGCAAUGUGCCAUU